AUGGCGGAUGGUGCGCAGUUGUGGGGGGGACACGAAACGCUGGCUGCAGAUGAGCCUUGCGGGGAAGGGCUGUGCGUUGAGGGCGGACACGAAGCCGUCGCGUUGGCGGAAGACUUAGGGGCGAAGACUCACGUCCGCGAGACAGGCGCAGGGAUCGGCGCAGACGAGGUGGCGGAGGGGGGAAUCGGCGGAGAUUUAGCGGAGUACCUUUGCGCGGCCGCGGAGCCGGACGCAGUCGCGAUGAACCCGCUGACUGCGAUUAACGCGAUGAGCGACGACGAGAUGUGGCGGGAUGAUUACGCGGCUGCUGCUGCUGAGUGCAUGGCUUUCGACGGAUCGCUUGCGGACGUCAUGGCUGCUGCGGGCUUAAGUGCAGACGUAAUGAGUAGAGACGAGCUUGUUUCGCAUGCUAUGGGGACUGGGCGCAUGGAUGGAGAUGAAAUCGGUAGUGAGGUAUUGGAUGCGGUGGCCACGGUAGCGACAAACGGAAUGGGAGACGGCGUGGCUACAGCCGGAAUAGCUACAGACGGAAGUGGUGCUGAGGGAAUGAUGAUACACGCGAUUGCUACAGACGGAAAUGUUGCUGAGGGAACAACGACAGAUGGAACAGUCACAGUCGCAGUGGGUGACAGAUUGGCUACAGAUGGAGUAGAUACAGCCGGAGCGGCUACAGACGGAGUGGUUACAGAAGGAGUGGUUACAGACGGAGUGGUUACAGAAGGAGUGGUUACAGAAGGAGUGGUCACAGACGGAGUGGUUACAGAAGGAGUGGUUACAGAAGGAGUGGUUACAGACGGAGUGGUUACAGACGGAGUGGUUACAGACGGAGUGGUUGCAGACGGAGUGGUUACAGAAGGAGUGGUUACAGACAGAGCGGCUACCGACGGAAUGGUUACAGACGGAGUGGUUACAGACGGAAUGGUCACAGAAGGAGUGGUUGCAGAUAGCACAGCAACCGACACUAUGGGGGCACAGUACUUGCCGGCAGGAAGGAUGGGAGGAGACGUGGGUGAAGGGGCAGGUGCAUCAGCUGAGGGGGCUAUUGUUGAGGCGCCUCAAGGGGCGAUGGGACAGACGAAUGAAGAGGCAGGCGCAGGAGUUGAGAGGGAGAGCGGCGAUGGCAGUGGGAGAAGCGAUGCUGUUAACCCUAGAAUUGAGGUUCAUAACGGGGUCGAUGCUUGCCAUUACGGUGCGGAGGCUAGUAAAAGGGUUGAGAACGGUACUGAAGAGACGGGGGCGGUGAAGAAUAAUGUUGACGUGAGUGGGCAUGGUUUGGGAGAGAAGGAGGACGUUGGUGGGGAGAUGGGGAGCGCUGGUGGUGAGGAGGAGGAGGAGAGGAAGGAGAAAAGGGACGAGAAGGGUGAGGAGGGAAGGAAGAAAGGGGGGGAGGUGGAGGAGGAUGAGGAGGAAGAGGAGGUGGAUGUGGUGGGGUGUGACGAGUUAGGAGGAGGGGCGAGAGUGGGGGAAGGUGGUGAAGCUACGGUGAAUAGUCAACACAUUGGAAUCGCUGAUGACGUCAUGGGAGAUGGCAAAGCCGCUGAUGACGUCACGGGAGAUGACAAGACCGUUGGUGACGUCAUGGGUGACGUCAAAACCGCUGGUGACGUCAUGAUUGAUGACAAAACCGCUGGUGACGUCAUGAUUGAUGACAAAACCGCUGGUGACGUCAUGAUUGAUGACAAAACCGCUGGUGACGUCAUGAUUGAGGGUGAGUGUGGCGAAAGGAGGGAGAUGAGAGAUGGGGAGGCGAUUGAGGCCGCGGAUGGAGGUACGAGUGAGCGUGGUAUGAGGAAUAUGGAUGAGAUGGAAGGUGGAGGUGCGGUGAAUGGUGGGAGUGAGGUGAAUGAUGGGAGUGAGACCAAGGUUGAAGGACAGGAGCAGCGAGAGGAGGUGAGGGUUGGAGGGAGAGAGGAGGAGAAGGAGAAGGAGGGGGGUGUAAGGAAGGAGCAGGGAGAAGUGGUGACUGGCGGAGAGGGGAAGGAGGAGAAGGCGGAGGAGAAGGCGGUGGAGGAGGAGGUGGAGGAGGAGAAGGAGGAGGAGGAACGAGGAGGCGAUGCUGGUGUGCGUGAGGAGGCAGGGGAGAGAGAGCUGCAGGUGGAAGCUGGAGCAAGAUCGGAGGGCGAUGGUGGGAAGCAGGGGCAGGAAGGAGAAACAGGGAGAUUGGAAGAGGCCGAACGAGAGAUAGGGAGGACGGGGAGAGAAGAAGAGGAUAGUGCGAGGGAGGCAGCUGAGAAGGAAAAGGUGGCAGGCGAGGCCAAGAAACAAGAGGAGAAAGGAGAGGCGGAAGAAGAAAAGGAAGAGGAAGAUGAUGACGACGAGGAAGAAGACGAGGAGGAGGAGGCAGAGGAGGAAGGAAGAGGAGCAGGAGGAAUAAGGAGUAGAGGAGAAGGAGGAGGGGGCGGAGAAGGAGUAGGAGGCGGAGCAGGAGGAGGGGGAGGAGGAGUAGGGGGGAGAGGAGGAGAUGGAGGAGGGGGACAGUUGGGGGGACAGGGAGGAGGAGGGGUGGAGGAUGUGGGGCAGGUGCCGAGUCACAUGUACAUGCAGCAGCACCUGCUGCUCCCGGGGCAGAUGCAGCUGCUGGAGGAGCUGGGGGAGGAGGGCACUGAAGCCACUUGGGAGAACCCUCUAGAGGAGGCAAUGGCGUCCAUGUUACUGCACCCAGACGCAGAUUCAGAGGCAGCGUUGCAGCAGCACCUGGCGCUCUUCUUCUCGCUAAAGGACACCAUCACUAAGAAAGAGGCCCGCGCUAUUGCCACUGCUGCUGCCACCUCCUCCUCUCAUGUUCGGGAGCACCUUGCUCCCAAACCCACUGCUGCCUCUCUUCCCCUCUCCCAAACACCUGGUCAAACCGCACUUUCGGUCACCAGCGCUGGCGCCAAUGGUGGCAUUGCAAUCAGUGCAGCAGCCUCUAGCAAACUGUCUGCACCACACCCGCUCUCCUCCCCCUUGCCUCACACAACCACUCCUCACCCCCCUGUAUCAGGGUCGAAACCUCAUCUCGCUUCCAAAACUCCGGUGGUGACAAACCCCCUGCCAUACAAAUCCCCAGCAACCCCCCCAACCCCUCUAACAGCAGCGUCUAGACUCCCAGCAGCACCCCUCUCUUUUGCAUCUCACCCAGUCGCCUCCCACCUUCCUGCAUCUCACCCUCCCGCGUCUCACCCCCCACGCACGCGUGCGGCUCUGGUGGCAAAGCGGCGAUCGUCCAUGCAGGGAGGAAAGGAGAUCUCAGCGUCUGCUCAGAAUAAGGAAGCACCAGGGGAACGCAAGAGAGGGGAGGAGGAGCGAGCAGGGGAGGUAGAAGAGAGGCCGAGAGAAACUGAUCUAGAUGUGCUUCUAUCUGAUGCUGAACGCGCCCUUUCCUUCUCUGCUGGCCCGGCUGCCAACACCCCCUCCUCCUCGUCUCGCUCUGCUCUCUCCUCGACUCCUUGGUGGGAGGGGCUGGAAGAGAAAGCGGCAGCAGCGGCACGAGAGGCAGAGGCUGAGGAAGCGAGCGCAGCAGCAGCAGCAGGAGGAGGAGCAGGAAUAAAAGCAGGAACCCAUGGCUAUUUCUUGCCCUCCUCGUCUCCAACCGCUUCUGCUGCGGCAGCUGCAGCGGCUGCUGCAGCAGGUGCCUCACCCAGCAGUGCAUCUGCACGGGCUGGGUGCCAAGUUGCGUCUAUACUGGCCUCUCACCUGCGCCAGAGCACAGGAGGCUUCACUGCACAGCAGGCGUCGCUGCUGCAGCUGCUGCUGGUUCGGCCAGUCUCGAGCCUGCGCAAGCUACUGGAGGUAGAGAGCAAGGCGCCAGUGCUGGCAGCAUGGCUCAGGCAUGCGGCAGAGGAGAGCCAAACCACCAUCCUGCUGCUGCUGAUACAGUUACUGGCAGCCAUACCAGUGACGCUGUCUGACCGGCCGGUUCUCACAUCCCUCAAGCCGCUGCUGCAGGGUCUUUGCUCCUACAACCCCUCAGUACGCGUGAGCCACGGGGCCCAUGUGCUGCUCUCCUCGUGGCAACCCAUCCUCACCCCGCCGCUCGUCCCUCUGCCCCAGUCGCCCCCGCUCUCUGCUGCCACCAGGCCGUCUCUGCACAAGGGCGGGAGAGUGUCGCCUUCUCCCCCUCCCCCCCUUGCCCCGGCCAGCAGCGCACUGCACUUCCAUCGCCUUUGCACCGAUGUCUCUCUCUCGCAAAAAUUCAAAUGUAAAAAUCCGUCUGCUCCUUCCCGCCUCCCUCACAACCCCUCCCCUUCCCCCCCACCUUUUCCCCGCUGCUCUCCCCAUCCCCAUCCCCUCCCGCUCUUACCCCGCCCGUCCCAUGCUCGACCCCCCGUCCCUCAACCCUCUGUGACAUCCCCAACCAAGCACGCCUCUCAGUCAAAGGGCCUUCGUCUCUCAGCCGACGAUGAGCAGCAGCGAUUGCUCUCAGGCAAGAAUUCUCCUCCCCAUCUCCUCAUCUCCCUGCCCUCCUCUCUCCCCUUCCCUGCCUCUUCUCCGUACUCUCUCAUUUCCCUUCCGCUCGCCAUUUUUCUCCUGCCUUUUGCACUCUUUGCUCUCUCUUUUCUCACUCCUCUCACUCCCUCGCUCUUUCUCCCUGUUUAUCCCUCCCUCCCUCCCUCCCUUCCUCCCUCCCUCCCUCCCUCCCUCCCUCCCUCCCUCCCUCCCUCCCUGCCUCCCUCCCUCCCUCCCUCCCUCCCUCCCUCCCUCCCUCCCUGCCUCCCUCCCUCCCUCCCUCCCUCCCUCCCUCCCUCCCUCCCUCCCUCCCUCCCUCCCUCCCUCCCUCCCUCCCUCCCUCCCUCCCUCCCUCCCUCCCUCCCUCCCUCCUUCUCUCCCUCAGGCGACAAGCACGCAGUGAUGCGCGCAGUGAUGGUAUCAAUAGCCUCGCCGCCCCAUGCAUUCGGCAAGCCCGCAUCGCACAACCGCCCCCUCUCUGCAGACGAGAUCAUGCAUGCCAAACGCCGCCGCAUGUUGCAGCAGCAGCAGCAGCCAGGGAAGAGAGAGCCAGAAACAAUGAUGGGAGAGGGAGAGAGGGAGGUGGGGAUGGGCGGGGUGCAGGUGAAGUGUGAACUGAUGGGUGAGAAGGAGAGUGGAGCAGGGGUGGGCGUGGUUGGGGCUAGUUUGACUGGGAAAGCGGGUGAGGAGGAGCAUGGAGGACAAGGCGUGAAGCAGGAGAGGAAUGAGGAGGCUGUAUCAGCAGCAGCAGGAGGAGGAGCAGGAGCAGGAACAGGAGCAGGAGCAGAAGCAGCAUCAAAUGUAGGGCCGAAGAGGGAAGAGGUCUGUACUGUGACCAAGGCAGCGCCAGCCAACAUGUCUGCUCGCCUGGGCAGCAGCAGUGGCGGCAGCGAUGGGUUUGGGGGAAUCACUCGCUCCUAUGUGGGCCCUGCUCGCCUGAGGUUCAUGGGCAGAGGGGCAGGGCGAGGUGGUAUGUCAGCAAGGGGAGGUGCAGGGGCAAGAGGGGUUGCUUCUCCUCCUCCUCCUCAUCCUGCUGCUUCUGCUACUGCUGCUGCUGCUGGCAGGGUGCGAGUGGAUGGGGGCUUGGACUGGGGAGGAGGGGGCGUGGAGAAGGGGCGGAGUGGGCCGAGAGGUGCUGCUGGUGGGGGGGAGUGGACGAUGGGUGCAGACACGAAGGAUCAUAUGCGGGAUGUUGGGAGCAGGGUGGUGCUGACAGGAGCAGCGUCAGCCACAACAGCAGGUCCAGCAUCAGGAGCGUCAACAGCUGCAGCAGCUGCAGCGGCGGCGGUUUCGGCGGUGUCGGCGGCGGCAGCAGGAGGAGUGGGUGUGCGUGGAGUGAAGCAGGAACCUGAAGUGAUGGAUUCACUGUCCGCACUCACUCACGGCGGAUUGCCAGCCUUUAGGGGAGUCAUUUCAGCAGCAGUAGAGGCAUCAGCAGGCGAGCUGUGGCAGAGCGUUGCUUCUUUUGAGGAUUCUCAACAGGGUGUUGCGUUUGAGAAUCGCGCACAGGGGGCUACAGUGGCGGCAGCGUUGAUGGCGGGAGUGGUGGGCGGCGCAGUGGGGCUUGGGGGAGCGGGGCAGAUGGCGGAUGCAGGGCAGGUUGAAGCAGGUUCGUGGGCGCCCCAGGAGAUGGAGAUUGGGCCACAAAAGGUGGCUGCUGCAGCAGCUGUGGGGUCUGUAGCAGCCUCUGUAAGAGUCGAGGAAUGUAGGGGCAGUGAGGGAGGUGAGGAGGGUGAGGAGGGUGUGGGGGGUGUGAUGGAUGUGGGAGGUUCGAGGGGUGAGGGGGGUGUGGGAGGUGGGGAGCGUGAGGAUGCAGAUGAGGGACGGAUGGGAGCUGCUGAUGUGGGUGCUGCUGGUGCUACAGGGUGGGCAGAGGAGGCUACAAUGGGUGGUGCCGCAGGGGCUAUGGAGAGUGGAGAGGCUGCCGAGAUAUUGGGGGUUGCAGAGCAUGCGGGGGGUGUGGGGAGCACUGCGGUGGAUGGUUCUCAUGUGGAGUGUAACCGGAACGAGCCAGGGGUUGCUGCACCGGUGAGCGGACGAGCAAGGGAUGGGGCAGUAUGCGUGGGAGUAAGGGAGGAAGAAGCUGGUGUUGGUGUGAUGGGUGGUGGCGGAGGGAGUGGAGAAGGAGGAGAGGAGGAGGCAGUGGGGGUGAGGGUGGAACGUUCUGGUGGUGAGUGUGCAGCAGCAGAGGGCAACGUGGGGAGUGAACAAACAGGGCAGCUGAGAAGUCCUCUGGAUGAGGGUAGACAGAGUGAGGGGAGUGAAGCUGCUGUGGCUCCUGUCCCCGUGGCUUCCUCUGCUUCAGAUUUGAUGGGAGGGCCGCGAGAGGAAGUGGUGGCAGCUGUGGGGGCAGCAGUUACGGGGGAGCUUGGGCUGGAGGUAUUAGGAGAUGAAUCAGAGGCACACCCUGCUGCUGCGGCGGCGGCGGUGGUGGCGGCGGCGGCUGCUGUUGGUGGGGCAUCAGGAGGGUCGGGGGGGAUUUCUGUUGUGGAAAUGGGAGUGGGAGAAGGAGCAGGGCGGAUGGUUGUGAAGGGGGAGAGUGGGGGAGUCAACCGGGUGUUAGGGGCAGUGGUGGGAGUUGAUAGGGAAGAAAGUGCCGGGGGGAUGACGAAGAGGGCAAAGGUUGAGGGUGAGGGAGUGGAAAGGCGGAUGGCAGAAAAAAUUGCAGUGGCUGGGGACGGAGGGAAGGAGCAGCGGGAGGAGAGUAAAAAGGAGGAGGAGGAGCGGAAAGUGAAGGAGAAAGACAAGGAGGAAGAAGAGGAGAGGGAGGAGAAAGCGGAGAAGGAGGAAGAAGAGGAGGAGGAUGAGGAGGCUUUAGAUAGAAUGGUGAUGGAGAUAAUAGGGGUGCCCAACAAGGGUAGGGCGGAGCAGCACAUGAGUGGCAUGGGUGGUGAGGAGACGGCUGAGAUGCGCAAGCAGGUGGCGGCUAUGAGGAUGGGCAUGGUGCUGUGGCGCAAACCACCGAGCGUCCUCCACACGCGCUCCAGCCCGGUGGAGGUGGCGCGGGGCGAGAGCAGCAGCGAGCUGAAGCGAGUGGAGCACCACAUUGCAUCGGUCAUCGCCAAGGGCGUGCGCCGCACUCCUUCCUCCCAUGCCUGGUCGCCCGCCGAGCCUGCCCUUGAGAGUGACACUGCAGAGGAGGUGGAUGAUGCUAGGACGCCCGAAAUUUCUACAGUUGUGCAGAGGAAGGUGGGGGAGGGUGGGGGUGGGGGAGCGCAGCAGUGGCGGGGUGGGCUGGAGGUGGGAGGAGGGGGGAGAAGUGGGGAGUGGGGGCAUAUGCAUGCUACAGCUUGUGUUGAAGCCAACGAAAGCUAA